AUGGCAAGUAACUAUUGGUUUGAAGAAGAUCUUGAACGUGUUAUAGAAUCAUUUAAUCCAACUAGUUUCUUCGGACUUCCUGCUUCUAUGUUUAACUCAAAAGGUGAUCUACGCUACUGCAAUACGGAACCUCUGAAAUUAACUCGUGGACAUUGGGACUAUUUCACCCCAUUCAAAGGAUGGAUACGCUGUGGCUUAGAUAUCGACAAGUUUGGUAAUAGUGGCGCACAAUGGCUGGCUUGUGAUGGCGCUGCGGGCGAAUGGGCAGUUGGCUUCCAUGGUCUUCGACGCGAUGUAUUAGAAGUAUUGAAACGCAUAGCGUUUGAAGGAUUCAAAGUCUUUCAAGGAAAGUACAGUGAAUGGGGCGCGAAGUCAAAGGAUAUUGGUCCCAAUGCAUCUUCAUUUCAAGAGAAAAUUUGUGGCCAGGGUAUAUUUUUAACACCGCAACUGAAAUAUCUGACAGACAACAUUGAAAAUUGUAGAUUAAUGAAACCAAUUCAAUAUAAUAAGUAUUAUUAUAUAGAUGUUGCUCUACAAUGUCGCAUACAACCGAAAAAGAUUCGAGUGCCUGAAUGUGCUAGCAACCAAUAUUAUAUUAUUAAUAAUCCAAUAUAUGCGCGUCCGUAUGGAAUUCUUGUACGAUUUAUGACCGAAGCCGAAGCAAUCACUAUUUUUGCUGAUAAUAACUAUAACCUAGAGCCAGUUAUUCCAUUUGUCGAACAGGACGUAACUCCCGUGAACUAA